GUGUGUGUUUGUUCCUCAGGGGUCUCAGUGUUAACACUCAAGUGAAGGAUGUGGGGGAAGAAGUGGUGCCAUUGAUCUGCUUAUUAGAUGUGCCUGAGUGUGUUCAGCCUUCAUCCAAAAAAUCUGGACAUCCUUUGUGAUGAUUGGAACAAUCCCUACUGCUAAUUGCUUCAGCUUUGGGAAAGCAGGUCAGUUGUUGAGAUCUGGUGAAGAUCAGCUGUUCAAUAAUGUUCUGCAGUAAAAAGAAAUUGCUUGAAGUGGAACGAGUAGUGAAAGCCAAUGACCGUGAAUAUAAUGAAAAGUUCCAGUACGCUGAUAAUCGCAUCCACACAUCCAAGUACAGCCUUCUCACCUUCUUGCCAAUUAAUUUAUUUGAACAGUUCCAAAGAGUGGCAAAUGCAUACUUCCUUUUCCUUCUGAUUUUACAGUUGAUUCCAGAAAUCUCCUCCUUGACCUGGUUUACCACUUUUGUGCCUUUGGUCCUGGUGAUCAUGAUGACAGCUGUCAAAGAUGCUACAGACGACUAUUUUCGCCAUAAGAGUGAUGAUCAAGUGAAUAAUAGGCAGUCUGAAGUGCUCAUCGAUAGCAAGAUGCAGAAUGAAAAGUGGAUGAAUGUCAAAGUGGGAGACAUCAUUAAAUUAGAAAAUAACCAAUUUGUUGCUGCUGAUUUGCUUCUUCUAUCAAGUAGUGAGCCACAUGGUCUCUGUUAUAUUGAAACUGCUGAGCUUGAUGGGGAAACAAACCUUAAAGUUCGUCAUGCACUCUCGGUCACCUCAGAACUUGGAGCAGAUAUUAACAGACUUGCAAGAUUUGAUGGGAUUGUUGUCUGCGAGGCACCUAACAACAAAUUAGAUCAAUUCUCAGGCGUCCUGUCUUGGAAGGAAAGCAGAUACCCCCUCAACAAUGAGAAGAUCAUCCUGAGAGGCUGUGUCCUCAGAAACACCAGCUGGUGCUUUGGAUUGGUGGUUUUUGCAGGUCCAGACACUAAACUGAUGCAGAACAGUGGAAAGGCAAAGUUUAAAAGAACAAGCAUCGAUAGGUUCAUGAAUACGCUAGUACUGUGGAUUUUUGGUUUUCUGGUAUGCUUGGGAAUUAUUCUUGCGAUAGGAAAUUCAAUCUGGGAGAAUCAAGUUGGGGACCAAUUCCGAGUGUUCCUUUUUAGGAAUGAAGGAGAGAAGAACUCAGUGUUCUCAGGAUUUUUAACAUUCUGGUCAUAUAUCAUCAUUCUCAACACAGUUGUACCCAUUUCGCUGUAUGUGAGUGUGGAAGUAAUUCGCCUUGGGCAUAGUUAUUUUAUAAACUGGGAUCGGAAGAUGUAUUACUCCAGGAAGGCAACACCUGCUGAAGCUCGAACAACCACGCUCAAUGAGGAACUGGGACAGAUUGAAUACGUUUUCUCUGACAAAACAGGCACCCUCACUCAAAACGUCAUGACUUUUAAAAAGUGUUCCAUUAAUGGGAGAAUCUAUGGUGAAGUACAUGAUGAUUUCAGUCAGAAGACAGAAAGAACAAAGGAAAAAGAGCAUGUGAAUUUCUCUGUUAAACCCCAAGCUGAUAAAACAUUUCAGUUUUGUGACCACAGUCUGAUGGAAUCCAUUAAACUGGGGGAUCCCCAAGUGCAUGAAUUCUUCAGGCUGCUUGCUGUUUGUCACACUGUAAUGUCAGAAGAGAAUAGUGCAGGACAACUGAUUUAUCAAGUUCAGUCUCCCGAUGAAGGUGCUCUUGUGACUGCUGCUAGACAUUUUGGGUUCGUUUUUAAAUCUCGGACACCAGAGACCAUAACCAUAGAAGAACGAGGGACACUAGUUACGUAUCAAUUGCUUGCUUUUUUGGAUUUCAACAAUAUCAGAAAACGGAUGUCAGUCAUAGUUCGAAACCCAGAAGGACAGAUAAAGCUUUAUUCCAAAGGAGCAGAUAUUAUCCUGUUUGAGAAACUCCUUCCUUUCAAUGAAGACCUUCGGUCUUUGACGUCAGAUCACAUCAGUGAAUUUGCAGGGGAAGGCCUUCGAACUUUGGCUAUUGCCUAUAGAGAUCUAGAUGACCAAUACUUUAAAGAAUGGCAGAAGAUGCUAGAAGACGCAAAUGCUUCGGCAAAUGAGAGGGAUGAAUGGAUUGCUGGGCUGUAUGAAGAAAUCGAAAGAGAUCUGAUGCUAUUAGGUGCCACUGCUGUAGAAGACAAGUUACAAGACGGUAUUAUUGAAACUGUUGCAAGUUUGUCACUAGCCAAUAUUAAGAUAUGGAUCUUAACAGGAGAUAAACAAGAAACGGCAAUUAACGUCGGUUAUGCCUGCAAUAUGCUGACUGAUGACAUGAAUGAUGUGUUUGUGAUAUCAGGAAACACUGAAACAGAAGUACGAGAAGAACUCAGAAAAGCAAAGGAAAAUUUAUUUGGACAAAACGGAAGUGUUUCCAAUAGCUUGGUAGACUGUGAAAGAAAACAGCAGCAGGAGCUGAAUUCCGUUGUAGAUGAGACUGUAACAGGAGAAUAUGCCUUAAUCAUCAAUGGCCACAGUCUGGCCCAUGCCCUAGAAAGUGAUGUCAAGAAUGAUCUGCUAGAGCUCGCCUGCAUGUGUAAGACUGUGGUUUGCUGCCGAGUCACCCCACUGCAGAAAGCCCAAGUAGUAGAGCUGGUGAAGACACACAGAAAUGCUGUCACUCUGGCCAUCGGCGAUGGAGCCAAUGAUGUCAGCAUGAUUAAAAGUGCUCACAUUGGUGUUGGCAUCAGUGGACAAGAAGGCUUACAGGCGGUCUUAGCCAGCGACUAUUCCUUUGCACAGUUCAGAUACCUCCAAAGGCUCCUGCUUGUUCAUGGAAGAUGGUCCUAUUUACGAAUGUGCAAAUUCUUGUAUUAUUUCUUCUAUAAGAAUUUUGCAUUCACACUCGUGCAUUUCUGGUUUGGUUUCUUCUGUGGUUUCUCAGCCCAGACUGUCUAUGACCAGUGGUUCAUCACCCUUUUUAACAUUGUCUACACAUCUCUUCCUGUUUUAGCCAUGGGAAUAUUUGACCAGGAUGUGAGUGAUCAGAACAGCAUGGACUGCCCCCAGCUCUAUGAACCUGGACAACUAAAUCUCCUUUUUAAUAAGCGUCAAUUUUUCAUCUGUGUGGCACAUGGAAUCUACACAUCAUUAGUCCUAUUCUUCAUCCCCUAUGGGGCCUUCUACAACAUGGUUGGAGAAGAAGGCCAGCACAUUGCUGACUACCAAUCAUUUGCAGUUACCCUGGCGACAUCUUUGGUCAUCGUGGUCAGUGUGCAGAUAGCCUUGGACACCAGUUACUGGACUGUCAUUAAUCAUGUCUUCAUCUGGGGCAGCAUUGCAACUUAUUUCGCCAUUUUAUUUACAACACACAGUUAUGGCAUGUUUGGCAUCUUCCCAAAUCAAUUUCCAUUUGUUGGAAAUGCAAGGCAUUCCUUGACCCAGAAGUGCAUCUGGCUUGUUAUUAUCUUAACAACAGUGGCUUCAGUUCUGCCAGUGGUGAUUUUCCGAUUCUUGAAGGUGAAUUUAUAUCCAACCCUGAGUGACCAGCUUCGCCAGUGGCAGAGGACUGAGAAGAAGGCACGGCCCAGGAGCAGCAGAAGAUUACACACCCGAAGGUCAAGCUCAAGAAGAUCUGGAUAUGCUUUUGCUCACCAAGAAGGCUAUGGUGAGCUUAUCACAUCUGGAAGAAAUAUGCGAGUGAAAGGUACACCCCCACCAUCAGGACUGGAAAAGACACUUUAUAAUAACAACAACAGGAUUGAAAAUUUAUGUAAGAAAACCACAGACACCCUAAGUAGGUUUAAACAGUGAAGCUGUGAGUCAGGGUGAAUUGGAAUCACAUAAUUAUCUUUUCACUUCAGCUGGAGCUGAAGUUCAGCUAAUCCAGAGUUAGGGAUCAGGGGCUAGGGACAGGGCAGAUUGCCUCAUUUAAAUCUGUGGCAGACAGUGACCGUUGCCUGCCAAAUAGCAGUGUGAUCUCCAGGAAACCAGGCCAGACGGUCACUGCCUCAUUGUGAUGCGGUGGCCAAAGUCUUCACAGUAAAAUCAGAUAAAACAAGAAUCAACCUAUGGACCAACUGAUCUGACCUUGAGAACCUUAUGAAGAAAAAGCUACAAAUCUGCAUACACAGUGAAUAAAUCUUCAAAUGGAUAAAGAUGUGUAUUCCAAAGGUACACUCACAUAACUGAACUUAAAAGCAGGCCUGUCAACAGAUGAGCCUGUCUACAUUACGGGAGCCGUUCCCCCAAGACUUUCAAGAUGUCAAGUCUUUACUGUGGUGCUUGUGGACUAAGUGACAUGUGAUGCUGUAGUCCAGAUGGCUACUAGUUUGGUCAGUCAGGACAAAAAUCACUUUCAUGCCAGAUUAGAAAAGUGUAUUGCUAUUCCUCGUGCUCAUUUAUUUAUUUUUACUAGUCUACAGAUAAAGUAGACUAUCUUUACAGGAAGGUCAGUUGCUAAUUUGAUCAAGUUUAUUUCAGAAAUUCUCACCCAAUGUCCUGUAGGGAUAUGUCCAUAAAACAUCAGGGAGAGGCUUUCUGGUGAGUAUUCUUAAUGCUUUCUGUAACUUUUGUAACAUCCUCAGUGGGAAUUUGCUAAAUAUUGCCUAGAACCAUUAAUGGAGCCUUCCAAGCGGUGGAAUGUCACACAUGAAUGAUAGUGUUUCAUACAGUCAGUAGGAAGAGUACUUUAUUAAUUUGUUUGAUUUCAGUUCUAAAAUUAAAAAUGUUUAAACAGUCUGUUUGAUAACUAUUUAAAUAUUCAAGAUUGGGGCUUUUAGUGUUAGCUACUUUUGGAACCCCAGCUCUUGAUGUUAAAUAUUUAGACUUCUGUAGAGGAGGUUGGUAUUUUGGAGAUGUGUGAAUCCAAAAGUUCAGUCUACAUCUAAGUCACAAGGAUGUUUCCUGUAAACAAAAAGUGAGGUAGAGUUGUGUUUAGACCCCAGCUCUGUCAUGUGUGUCUCAUAGCCUUGGGCAGGUAGAGGCUUUUUCUGAGGCUUAGUUUCUCUCUCUCUGUAAAGGAUGUAUUGUCCACAUAUUGACCACAUAGUUUCAUAUGAAUAGAUGAGCUAGAUUCCAGUCCACUCAUCAUCAGAAUGAUAGUGAUGUGAAAAGAAUUUAAUGGGAAAGGCUUUGAUUAAACAAGAUUUCUAAAAAAGAUAUAAGACUGGUAGUGAAUAUAAGGAAAUAGAAAUUUACCUUCAAGGUAAUACUUUUUAAGAAGAUGAAAGUCAUCAAGUUUGAUCAGUUUUUUAUAAAUCAACUCUGUAGUGUUCUUCAUCUGAUCCCUAUUGAUUUGGUAGUAGAAUAAAAUACAUUUCCCAGGAGUCAGUGAACCUUUGAUUAGGCUUGAUAAAGUGAUGGCCUGAGUCACAGGUGUUUUGUCUCCAUUUCCAAGUCUGGGAUAGCUUUCCUAGAAUGGGAUUAAAUGAAAUGACAUGUAUAGGAAAUGCUUAUAGGUUUCUCCAUUUUCCAUACAUGCCUGCUUAGAUUUACCCGGUUAAUUGUUAAUGUCUGAUUUUUCUAUCAUUUCACUGUGUUUGCUCACUUUUUGUGGCAUUUUGUAAUAAUUUAAAAACUGAGUAAAUGCUUUGGCACUAUU